AAUGCGGAGGAGUAUUCGUAUGAAAAACGUAUGUGAAUGGUCAGAAGGCAGACAACAUUCGAAGGUUUUGAUCAGGAAGAGGUGUUAGGGGAAGAAAUGGAGAACAGUUUAGUCCCAAAUGAAACUUAUAGCUUAUCGACGAAAGAAGAAACAAAUCAGAGCAAAGAAUUAUUUUUUGUUAAGUUAACUGACUCAUCACUUCGUGCCGUCGAAGAGUACUUGGAGAAUAAGGCAGCCAUAAAAGGGCAUCCAAAAAUCCAAUUCUUCGGGCCGAACGGACUUCUUCACCUUCCAAGUCGUCCUGGAUCUGCAAGUCAAGAUGUUGGUAAAAAUUUCAAAUUUUCCUGCUCAUUUUUUGCAAGGGAUGGGAGGCAGGGAAUCACAGAAUGUUUGCAUCAGCCAAGCAAACAUAAAAAAAUGUUGGGCUCAAUGGGUAUGAUUGAGAAAAAAAUUGCAGUUAUGGGAACAGAUGAGGCUUAUGAAAUGACUAGAAACAAAAUGGCACAAGCUGAUCAAGAACGAAAAGGAGUCAGGACCAAGGAAAUCAAAAUUAAUCAUUCGAAGUCAAAAAAGAAGAUCACUCCUGUCGGAAAAGAGAUGAAUAAUGCAAUAAAAAAGAAGUUAGCAGGAAGUUCGUCGUUGUUGAAGCCAAUAAAUGGUUUAAAGCCAGCGACUACCGCCGGAUCAUCAUCAACUUCGAAGGGAUCAAGUUGCAAAGAUCGCGUAAUUCAUAUUCUUGCCAUUAGACCUCACAAGAAGCUUGAAAUUUUUUCAAGGCUCCAGAGAGAGGGCAUAAAUCAAAAAGAAAGAAACACUCUUGGGGCAGUGCUGCAGCAGGUUGCCACCAUGCAAGAUAACUCCUUUAAAUUAAACAAGCACUAUUAUAACGAAAUAAAGCCUGACACAUGGCCUUACUAUUCGGAAGCCGAGAAAACAGCCGUUAAAGAAAGUUUAGCUCAGUUGAUGAGCCAAGACUCAAGUCCGAAGGUCUCGUCAACAUCGAAAUCACCCGAAGAAAAAGGAAUUAAAAGACAAUUGAAUGAUGACUACAACCAUUUAUCGUCCAAAAAACAAAGAAUAGCAAAACCAAUUCAAGAUCCGUCACCCUCGUCUUCGAUUGCAUCAAAAGGAGACUCGAAUCGUGAUCAUAAUUCAAGUAAAAAGCGAUCUGAUCAACAAACUCGAACUCCAAAUAAUGCACAUAAAUUAUCGGGUAAAACAGAACUUUCAAAGAACGGAAUAUCACGGAAUGGGACAGAACGUUCCGGGACAAAACUAAAAAACGAGCCUUCAAAAAAUGAAAUUUCAAGUAAUGGGACGACUCCUUCUGUACAAAGAUUAAAAACUGAAAAGCCUGUUGCUCGUAUAUCACCUAUAAAUUCUUACAUGUAUAAUGGGAAGGAAGCCAGGUCGGUGGUGCAAGAGGAAGAAUCGUCUCCGCCAACCGUUGCCUCGACGUCGGAUAUCCCUGAUCAUGUUCUAAAGUACCAGCCUAUCAAAUCGUAUGAACAGAGAUGUAAAUACAAGCAGGAUUUCCAAGCACAGUACAGAGAGUAUAUUGAACUAAAAGAAAACAUAGACAGAGUUUCGAAUAAAUUUUUAGAGUUGGAUCGAAUUAGGCGGAAGCACCCAGAAGACAGCCAAGCCGCCCAAGAAAUAAAGCAGAAAAUAUUUUAUCUCUAUGAAGAACACCAAAAGGAUGAAAAAUACCAAGAAAUGAAACAAAAAUACGCGGAUCUCUAUGCCAGACUGAGUCACAUAAAAAAGCUAGUAGUUGAGUAUGACCAAAAGCAUUUUCAGGUGGCAUCAUGAUGCACCCUUGAGUAGUAGAGCUUAGAGUUGAGUAGUUCAUGAUGCUCGUCAGGUAUCGUUCGCAAUUUGUGCUUGCAUUUUGGAUAUCUGGGUACUUUUGCCUCGUCGCUUUCUUACACCUGUUUUGCAAGUCAAAGUUACUCGCCUUGUAUUUCUGAAUACUUCUAAUACUUAAUACUUGACACUUCUGGGUACUUCUGAAAUAUUUGAAAUGCACGUUCUACUGUCCUUUUUGUCUUCAACAAAUUUGAGUUUUAGGAAGCCCUUAAAGGAUUUGUUGCUAUUCUGUAAUGUUUACCCCCGAAUAACACUCAAAUCAUUAUUUCUUUCAAAAGUUCUCACGUAGCUUUUGCGCGAAAUGAAGUGAAUUCCUUUAAUGUCGUGUUAGCCUGUUCUCUGUUCAUUAUUGCCCAUAAUUUAUUGUGGGUGUAGUGUAGAGCAGUGUAGAAUUUUGGUUGCCCAGUGUCAAUGUUCUAUCCUUGAUAGAAAAGGACGUACAAUUUUCGAAAUACCUGUACGAUGUGAAUAUGAGGUCUAAGUAGAUAACUCAGGGGCUAGACUUAAAGUAUGUUGCUUACUAUUCUCGUCCUAAGUAUAUCGUGAAUUUCUUUUGCAAAAUGAUAUUUUGGAGUUGAACACCAAUUAUUUUGUGGAUAAGCUGCAAAAUGUUUUGUGGUUUUAGAAUAUUCUCAUAAAUUUUAUCGGUAUUUUCUCCUUAAGCCAGUCCGUAUGUUAUUAAUCCUUGCAGCCAUCGCAUCCCGUGUAAUGUUACGUUUCUUUCGAAGUACUGAUUGUUGCUUUUUUGCCCGUUGCGUGCUACCUUUCUAUAAGAAGAACCCUUUAACUCUGAGAGAAUUGUUAUUUUUAAAUUCUUUUUCAAUCGAAGAUGUUUGUAAGUUGAUUUUGUAUUGUGUGGCCUAAUUUUUCUUGUAUUUGUUUUCGUUUCAUUCGCUAUUUAAGGGUUUGUCGCUCACUUCCAAUUAAUUGCCAGUUUAAAGCUAUUGCUGAUCUUUCAUUGCUUGUAUUCAAAAAGAUAAUUUAUUUUUAAAGAUGAAAUCUUAGGUUUUUAGGAUUCUUUGGUAUCAGCAAUGAAGCCCUCAAUUGUGAUUCCCAUGUCCUAAAGGGCAUCCCUAUAAUUAGAAUUUAAGUGUAUAUCAGAGCUAGAGGUAUUCACCCCCAAACCUUAGGAGCAGGGAGAAUACUGCCCCCCCCUAAUGAUAGGGAUGUCUAUUCUCCUUCCCUAAUUGACACUAAUUUGAAAAAAAAAUACAUUCUAUUACAUAGUAUUAGAGAGUCUUCAGGGCUUUGGUUGUAAAGAAACUCUCUAGUUAAUAUUUACCAAAAUUGUCCAGUUCAUAAGCUUUAAGAGCUAUAAUGUUUUGGUCAGGAUUUUUUAAUUAAAUUUUCUUUAGGAGUAUGGUCAUUGUCCUACAAUUUUGAAUUUUGACUUUGUUAUAUUUCAAAUAGGUUGUUUUUUCUUGGUCUAACUUAAAUACUAAGGAUGUAGGCUAUUUGGUAAAAGAAUUUUUCCUAAUAUCUUUAUACCAGCUAGGGGCCACUGUUUUAGCUAAAGAAAUUGAGGUGUAAUCUUGUUGUAAAUCUUGUAUUUCUUCGCAACAUUGAAUCAGAUAAAACCACUUUUGUACCAGAAAAUGAACCUUCUUCCACUUCGUAUUGUAGAAUGUGAGGGGCCUGGGGAUGAGUUAAAUUUCGCACAGUCAAACUCUAGUACGAAGCGUUGUUGUCAUCGAAGAGGGACACAUUUUCCACCAACUGAGAUUGAGAGAAAGCAUAAAAACCAAUUUUGAUUGGUUUCAAGUGAAAUCUCCUCUCUUUGAUAAAGUUUUUCUUUUACCAAUAUAGUGAAAAUAGCAUUGCGAUUUUUGAAUCAGGAGAAUAUUGCAUCGGACAGUUGUUCAAUAGUUACAAGGAAAAAAGCUUUCUUGUUGUGUUAGUUUUAUUCAUUCCCUCGAGAGUUUGAUUGCAGCGUGAUUGCUCUUGCCCAUAGCAACUUACAUGUCCCGUCAAUUUAAUUCUUUUCACCCUCUAAUCGCCUGUUUCUUGAAUUUUGUAUUAUUUAUGACUUUGCGUGUAGAUAUGAUUUGAUUGUUCAAAACAAGGAAAAACUGUAGAACUUUGGGUCGUUGAAUUCAUUUAUUUGUGUCGACAUUAAAAGUGAAUAAUAAAUAUUGAUAA